AUGACAAAUACUCGAUUGGGUGGCAUCUUUGCUGUCGUGGCUCUUGCGGCGCUGGUGUUUUUACAGUUGCUUGCAGUAUUCAACUAUGACCGCCAGACUCCGCAAGUAAGUUUGACCAGGAGCAUCAACCAAUGGAGAAGCAGGGCAAGCGAUGAGACAGCAGAUGAUAUAUUCUUGGUAGGAGCAGGCAAAGCAGAUGUAACAGGACCUGUGGUCGAGGUCGACUUCAAUGGCUAUGCGACUCUAGGUCAACUAGGCACAGGCCUCAAGCAACGAAUAUAUUCCCGUGCUUUCAUCUUCGCCGACGCCAAUCAGCCGAAUGACACCUUCGUGUACUUAGUCCUCGAUACGCUUGCGGGUGAUACGGCUGUGCAACAUGGUGUUCUGCAGGGUCUCGCUGCACUCGGUGGUGCUUAUGCGCGGUAUGGCGAGCACAAUGUCGCACUGACAGGGACGCAUUCUCAUUCUGGACCGGGAGCAUGGAUGAACUAUCUGCUGCCUCAGAUCCCCACGAGGGGAUUCAACAUGCAGAGUUAUCAGGCGAUUGUUGAUGGUACAAUCUUGUCUGUUAUCCGUGCCCAUGAGAAUCUGGCGCCGGGCAGACUCUCCUUCGGAACGAUUGACUUGGAAGAUGCGAAUGUCAACCGCAGUCCGUAUUCGUAUGAUCACAACCCGGAGGAAGAAAAGGUGCGGUACUCUGCGAAUGUAGACAAAACGCUGUCUCUGCUCCGAUUUGACCGCCAGUCAGAUAACAAGACGGCCGCAAUCUUGACGUGGUUCCCUGUUCAUGGUACAUCGAUGUACAACAAUAACACGCUUGUCACCGGUGACAACAAGGGAGUUGCGGCUUAUCUUUUUGAGCGCAGCAUAUCAGGGGACAUAAGAUUCACCGAAGAUGCAGUGGUAGGAUUCUCUCAAGCUAAUGUUGGAGACAGCAGCCCCAACAUCUUGGGGGCUUGGUGUGAAGAUGGCUCUGGAAAGGAAUGUAAGUAUUCGGACAGUACCUGUGGCGGGACCAACGAAGCAUGUCAUGGCCGAGGGCCUUUCUUCCGCGAGAAAGACAAUGGUGCAAAAAGUUGCUUCGAAAUCGGGCGUCGCCAGUAUUUCAAAGCAAAGGAGCUUUACGAGCAAAUGGGCAGCUCUAUGAAACUCACCGGUAAUUCGGUCCGGUCUUUCCACGUAUAUCAAGACAUGAACGGCUACACAUUUCCCUCGCCAUUCAACUCGUCUACCCUCAAAACCUGCCCCGCGGCCCUGGGAUAUUCAUUCGCCGCGGGCACUACAGAUGGACCGGGGGCAUUUGACUUCACGCAAAAUUCUACCAGCCCAGCCGAGGGGAAUCCAUUCUGGCAAAUCGCCCGUGCUUUCAUUCACCAACCUACUCCAAAGCAACAGACUUGCCAAGGCGCCAAAGACGUGCUUCUGGAUGUGGGCACUUUGACUGAGCCAUAUGCAUGGGCCGCAGAUAUCGUGGAUAUCCAAGUUCUCCGCGUGGGACAAUUGUUCAUGAUCAUUUCUGCCAGCGAAGCCACGACCAUGUCUGGGCGACGUUGGAGGGAGGCUAUUGCCGCGAAGGCCAAGAGUCAGCUCUCCAUCCCCAACCCACAGGUCGUCUUAGGAGCCCCGUCUAACAGUUACGCGCAUUACGUGACUACCGAGGAAGAGUAUCAAGUCCAGCGAUACGAGGGCGCUUCUACCCUGUUUGGGCCGCACACGCUAGCCGCCUACAUCAAUCUGACCUUCACAUAUCUCCCAUAUUUGGGGAGUGCGCCUGACGUUGCUUUGUUGUCAGCCAUACCAGCAGGCCCCAAUCCCCCCGUUAACACCAACAGAUCCAUCGGCUUUAUUCCAGGUGUUUGGUUUGACGAAGCGCCUAUCGGCCGGUCUUUCGGGGACGUGCUUUCAUCGGGGAGUGGGUCUUACAGCCCCGGCGACAUUGUCAAUACAACGUUCGUGGGCGCUAAUCCUCGCAACCACCUGCACCAGGAGUCGACCUUUGCUGCAGUAGAAAGAAAAACGGAUUCCGGUUGGGAGGUUAUCCGCGAUGACCGCGAUUGGAAUUUGGAGUUCUUAUGGACCCGGACAAAUACUCUUCUUGGAUAUAGCGAGGUGACUAUUCGAUGGCAGAUCGAGGAUGAGUACUACAAUGUGGGUAACCCGGCACUUCUGCAGACGGGGACCUAUCGGAUGCAUUAUUAUGGAGAUUCCAAGAAUAUCCUUGGUCAGAUCUCGCCCUUUGAAGGUAUAGGGGGGACGUUUACCGUGCAGGCUUAG